AUGCGUUUGACAAUCUUUUGUAUUUUUUGCCUGGCAACUGUGAUCCUGGCCAUCGACAUGGACUCGGAUUCCCUACAGGAACAGUACGAAAAGGAGCAGUACAAUAUUCGCAAAAAAAUUUGCCUACAAAGUUCGGAUUACGGAAAGUGCAGGGGUCGCCGGAAACUUUGGUUCUACAACCCCAAGAAAUUCAAGUGCCAAGUUUUUAUCUACUCCAAUUGUGGUGGCAAUGGCAACCUUUUCUAUACCCAAGAAAGUUGCAUAGAAUUUUGUGGCAAAUACGAUUGGAAGAAGAUUCGAAAGACAGGUCUUCCACGCUCAGCUUCUUAUAGAAGAAAAGAUGGGAAUUAAAUGAAUAUAUACAGAAAUUUUUUUUUUU